CAAUUUUGAGAUUUAGGAUAAGGUUCUGGUCCACAAUUAGAGAAAAUAUGAGUUGAUCGGAUAUUUAACUAAUGUGGACGCUUUGGUUAAUCUCUCACUCUCUCAGGCUUUAAGCAAAAGCUUCUUCCAUCUUCGUUUUCAUCGUCUUGUUUCCGUUUCUACAUGAUGUCUGGUGAUGAUGAACCUUUCUCUGGCUCUGGAGAUGAAGUUAACGUCACUGGUGGACAGAACAAGCGUACACCUUCUAGUUCUGGACCAACAACAACACGCAAGAGAGGUCGCAAGGCUUGUGGCGAUGCAAUUGUUGAAGCAAUGCUAGAAAUCGCAGCAGCUUCCAAAAUGAGGGCAGCGGCAUUGACCAAGGACGUGGAUAGAUUCUCUAUCAGCAAAUGCAUCAAAGCAUUGGAUGAUUUACAAGGUGUUGGUCAACAUACCUACUUUCUCAUUUCAAAAAGUCAUUCGUUUAGCAGGUUUUUCUUUGAGAUCCGAUGAAUCUAGGCUAAACGGUGGUGUUGAGAUUAGGGUUCCGAGUGUGGUGGUGCAUCAGAUCUGCAUCCGGCGAAGGUUCUUCACGGUGAUCCAAACUUUGCGACGAAUUCAUCCUUUGAUGAAGGAGUUGUGAAGGCGUUUUCGUUGGCCUCAAUCUCUCUGUUUGUCUCUGCUUCUGUUGGCUUAGCUUAUGUGGGGUUCUUUGCUUUCAUUUUACUUAUGAAUGAAGAUAUAUUGUCACUAGUAGAAACUUUGAUCAUAUGGAAUUGCUCUGUUAUCUUUGGCUCUACUUUCAGAUUCGUCCACUAGUAACGAAGAUUUUGACAUAGAAUUGGAUGAGAUGGAAUUAGUUGCUGCAGCUGCUGGUUACUUGUACUACCACAGUUGUGUAAAUCAACCUCAGAGUAAUUCGCCUCCUACGAUAUGUACAUAUUUGAAAGCCUUGCUAGAAGGACCUGUUAAAGAUUGCAGGGAACUGCUUCGGAUGGAUAAGCAUGUGUUUCAUAAGCUAUCUGAAACGCUUCGAGGGAAAGGCUUGCUGCGUGAUACUCCUAGUGUUUUGGUAGAAGAGCAGGUUGCUAUAUUCUUAAGCAUCAUUGGCCAUAAUCAGCGAAUCAGAGUGAUACAAGAGAGGUUUCAGCGUUCUGGUGAAACCAUUAGCCGGCAUUUUAACAACGUGCUAAAGGCGGUUAAGUCCUUGUCACGUGAGUUCCUUCACCCACCAUCUCUGGAAACACCUCCCGAGAUAGUCAAUAGCAAAAGGCUCUAUCCAUAUUUCCAGGAUUGUAUCGGAGUUGUAGAUGGCUUGCAAAUUCCUGCUCACCUUCCUACAAAACACCAGCCCCGGUUUCAGAACAAGAAAGGCAUACUUACUCAGAAUGUGCUUGCAGCUUGCACUUUUGAUUCACAGUUUAUAUUUGUCUAUCCGGGAUGGGAAGGCUCUGUUGAGGAUUUACACAUCUUAAGAGCAGUCCUAGACGAUCCAAACCAGAAUUUCCCACAAGCUCCCAAAGGAAAAUAUUAUCUUGUCGAUAGAGACUAUACAAACACAGAAGGAUUCAUUGCUCCAUACCCGGGAACAAGGUACUGUCUCCAUGAGUUCCGUGGUGCAAGCCAAAUGCCACAGAACGCACAUGAGCUUUUCAAUCACCGGCACAUGUCUCUAAGCAACGUUAUUCAAAGACCAUUCAGCAUGCUGAAAACCCGGUUUCCAAUCCUGAUAUCGGCGCCUCAGUAUCCGUUCCAUGUCCAGAGGGAUCUGGUGAUUGCUACUUGUGCUCUACACAACUUCAUUAAAAGGGAAGACGGGAUUCACGACUGGCUCUUCGCUGCUUGUGCUGAAGAUGUUGGUCCAGUGGAGGAACCGUAUGGACAAGAGGAAGAAGAACUGGAAUUGCUGCACUUGAAUUCUACGCCUACAGAUAUUGCAGCUGACUCUCUACGAGACUCCAUUGCAAUUACUAUGUGGGAUGACUUCAUGCACAAGUGGGAAGGAUGGUAAUUAGUUAACUAUGUGGAAUCAUUUUAUUUAUAUAGGUGAAGCUCAACGAGGGUCUUUUGGUAAUUAGAAUGAAUGUUCCAUUGAGUUUUUUUUUUUUUUUUUAAGAAACAGAUUUGUGUGAAUUUGAAUUUGAAUUGGCUUCUCUUUAGAAAUGAUUGCAGAAUGAACCUACAUGUAAAAAUUCAUCGUACUGACCACUUGUAAUGAAUUGAAAGAAGUAAGAGGAACUCAAGAGAACUCGAGUCUGAUAA